UUUUAACUGGCGUUGUGAAAGUAGGGUGUUUCCAUAAGUUGACUUGCGCGAGUGGCGGUGGCGAUAUGCACGUGGAAGCCCGGCUUUUAGGCACGCAAGUGAUACGUGCGCAGUGCACUUCAAUGUAAACAAAUGUAUAGCACGUGCGUCGUGUGCGAUUUGCCCGCUACUGUGUUUUCAAAUGCUAUAGAGAAUGAUGAACUUACUGACAGUGGAGAAGAGUGUGUUUAACAUUCAGAAAGCGUAUGUCCCUGCAGAAUUAUUACAACGGAAGUGGCAAGUUGGACAACACGCCUUUAUUAAAGUGUCGAAUAAUUGGAAAACCGUUUGUAAAAUAUAUCCUAAGCAUAAUCUCCAUCGCUCUUUCGUCCAAGUGGAUACCAGCGUCGUAAAAUGUGGAGAUUUUCAAGAAUCACCUGACUGCGUGAUUCCGCCUAUUGCUUCCGUAGUGGAGAACAGUGUGAUAGAGGUGGAGCAAUUGGAGUUUGUGGACAGCCCAGAUGUUUUCAAAUCACUGAACGUUACUGUCAUAUUUGACAGUGUUUCGCAGCUGAAGCUAUGGAAGAAAAACAGAAAUGUGUUGAUUUCUCAGCUCAGAGCCAUGCUACGCUUGUAUGUGUUUACAGAUUGUUGCUUAAUAUCUUUUCGUAACUUAAAACAAAUCCAGAAAAGUGGAAUACAUUGCGUGUUUGUAAGGGAUAUUUAUCCAUCCAAUAAAAACUCAUGCGGGAGAAUCAAUUCGGCAACGAAGAUUUCUAUUAGUAGUUUUCUUAGUAAGGUCAGAUUUGAACAGUUACAGGAUAAACAUACAGCUCCAGCAAUCGGUGGGUUAGAUGAAGCUUGCGCAAAACUGAUAGAUAUCAUAGAGCAGAGUAAACAAGCUAGAGAAAAACCACGACUCACGCUAAGGCACCAUGAGCAAGUGCUUUUGGCUGGCCCUCCAGGUUGUGGUAAAACCAGUCUGGUCAGGCAUGUGUGUGCACGUACUAGUGCUGUAAUGGUCAGUAUCAAUGCGCUGGACAUUUGUCACUCUGCUUCAAAUACUCCAUCUUCAGUAUUGAAUCAUGCAUUUAAAGAAUCAUCUGACCUGACGUACGAAGGUGUCUGCGUGCUGGUGUUGGAAGCCAUCGAUAUCCUGUUUGGAAGAUCACAGGAACACUCUGAAAGUGCAAGUGUCAUGAGAAGAGUAGCGGGAGAACUUGCUCUUCUCCUGGAACGUGCCGACAGUGUUCCAGGGUUGGUGGUCGUUGCUACAGUGACACGCCCUGGUGAUCUGGAUCCUGCUCUGAGGCGACCAGGCCGGUUGUCCACUGAGAUACACUUAGGAGUGCCUACUCACCAGGAACGAGAACAAAUCCUACAGGUCGUGUUGCGUCCAUUGGUCAGUCAAAUGAAGACGAAUGAACUUCAUGAAGUGUGUGCAGAGGUGGCUGGUUUCACACAGGGAUAUGUCGGGGCAGAUCUUGCCUUGCUGUGCCAGAAUGCUGCGGUGCAGUACAGCACAAAUGAGAGGAAUGCAGAGGAUAGUUCAGUUAUCACACCUUGUAGUGCUGCACAGUGGAAAGCUAUGCUGCUUGCUGCUGCUCGAAAAGUGCGACCGAGCUAUAUGGUGGCUGGACGUAUCACAAACGCAGAGAAAGUUAUUGGAGGCCUGGAAAAAGUUGGUGGUCUUUCAGAAAUAAAGCGUAUAUUGCAGUUGGCUGUUCAACUGCCAUUACUCCGACCAGAUGCGUUUUCCAGAUUAGGUCUUCCACAUCCAAGAGGUCUUCUCUUGUAUGGCCCACCAGGAUGUGCAAAAACCAGCAUAGUGAGAGCACUGGCUUCAGAGAUGCAAGUGACGUUCAUGUCUACUUCUGCUGCAGAAUUGUAUUCACCAUAUGUUGGGGAAGCUGAGAAGAAUGUCUGUGAACUUUUUCAGCAGAGCUAGACUUGCAGCUCUCAACCUUUGCUCUUUGUGGAUGAAAUAGAUGCUCUCGUCGGAAGCCGCCAGGGAAGAGAGAGGGGUGUUCAGGAGAGAGUGUUGUCUGCCUUUCUACUGGAAAUGGAUGGUAUUGGUGGACCAUUGGACACUCAAGGUUCUCAAGCAAAAGUAGCUGGUGUUAUUGUACUGGCAGCAACAAAUAGGCCGGAUUUGCUUGAUGAUGCCCUGUUGAGGCCGGGACGAUUGGACCGCUUGGUGUAUGUGUCUGCACCAAAUGGUCAUGCCCGCCUGGAAAUACUUCGCGUGCAUACGGCGCACAUGCCUCUCGCUCCCUGUGUUGACCUGUCAUCAGUUGCAGCUGCCACUGACCUUUACAGUGGGGCGGACUUGGCUGUUUUGUGUAAGGAGGCUGCUUUGUGGGCUCUAACUGAUGAAGGAAUGGAUGCUAGUCAUGUGAAGCACAAUCACUUCAGCAAAGCUCUGUCUUUGUCUCGGCCCUCCUUGUCACAAGAGCAGGUGCACUGGUAUGAAAACUACAAGAAAUAACCUUUUGCUGGUGUGUAGUCUACAGUUCGCAGACAUAUGUCUAGAUGUCACUUCAAGAUGUGUUAGCCAUCAGAAAGGUGCAGGACUAGACAGAGAAUGAAAGGUAACCUGUUCUCUAUUGAGACUCCGGAGAUUUACUUCCUUGCAGCAAGAAGAAAGACAGUGUAUGCUUUGGUCUCAAAACUAAAGUUAAAACUGUUACCAAUCAUAAGAUUGGUUUGUAUACCACAGUGCUUACUACGCAUGGUCCUGUCAGAGUAAGUACGUCAUACCCUUCCUCUUCUACAACCAGAUGAUUGUAGAGGGAGCUACAUGUAAAUCUGUAUUCCAAACCAUGGUGGAACUUGUCAUUUUUCAUAUCAAGAAACAUUGCUAAAGAUGACAGAUACAAAUCUUAGGAGUGACCAGGGAUUGAGGCUGAGACAUUUGGAUCUGCAGUCUGGCACUUUACUACUGGUCCAUUGAGCCAGAUAGUUUGUCAGUGAAAGACAUAAAUUCUGCAAAUGAGUCUGCAAUCAUGUUAUAGUACUUAAUUUGUAAAGGUCUCUCUUGACCACAUUGUGAAAUGUACAGUUUAUAUCAUCUUUACAAAAUAAUGGGCCAGAUAGUAUAAGGAUUUGAUGGGUUGCCUAUUUCUCCACUGCUAGUCUGUGAUAUAUAAGGCAAACCAUUUAUUAGUAUUUAGUAGAAAAAAUAUGAAACACUGUGAAGUCACAAUGUGGGUCUGUUGAAUUUCCUGUUUUGUGGUAACAGCUUAAUAACAGGAGUUUUUAUGUUCCUUAGCUGACCAUACAUGUAUGUGCUGUAACUAAAGUUACAUAUGAACUGGACUACUUCAGCAUCUCUGCAUUGUUCUUCAAAUUGUUUUGUCACUCUAUCUGAACAACAGAUUGCAUUAAUUACUUUUUAUUGCCUCUAAGCACAUUGUACUACACAGUUUCAUAUGAAGAGUUUGGGUCUAACCCACUCAUAUGAGAAAAAUGAAGACCUGUAAUGUUUUGGUUAGCUCCUUAGCUCUGUGAAUAGUGUUUCAUAUGUUCUUCCUUUCAGUAUUCUGUCCAUUAGCUGGUUAGACUGAAAGUUUUUAAUGUAAAUAUUGGGCCAUUGGGGUUUACCAGACAUGUAGCAUGAUAUAAGCAUGUUCUUGGCAGGUCAUUUAUUCAUUCAUGUACGACAGAUCACACACAUCGAGUUUUGAUGACGGCACUUACUAUGCAGGUUUGGUUAUGAGAUUUUACAUUAAAAACUACAGAUUAGAUUUAGAUUUCAAUUUAAAAAUUACAAAUUUGCUUUAGGAAAUUCUAUGUCAGAAACAUAACUGUUAUUGUGAACAUCAUUUCUUCAAGUUAGUCUCCGACUGCUUUGUCAUUGAGAGUAAAUGGGCUUUAAUACAAAUGGAAGGUCCUGUUAGGAUUUGUAGUUUUUUAACUGUUGCUGCCAUGAAGCUUGGCUUGAAGUGUGGCUAUG